AUGGGUGAGCACUUUAUCCCGUUCAUGAAUAAUAGUGUACCACUAACCGAAAUUAGGGAUCCAGUUACGAAUAAGGUACAUCCGCCUGUAACCGAAAAGCAGAAGGAAUGGAUGAAGAACUUUUGGGAGAAACAUAGCGAUCCAGCUAACUCGUUGCCUGAUCUUCAGAAUCUAGCCAGAUUGUUGAAGGCGGACGGCGUUCAAAGGAUUGGUGUAUAUGGUCUGUGUUGGGGUGGAAGAAUUGCAACAAUAGCCGGUGCGAAUUUAGGUUUGGAUGAGGGAAGUGCACCACUGUUCGAUGCUGUGGCGUCCAUCCAUCCGGGGAUAGCCAGCCAUGGAGACCCUCAAGCGAACAAAAGGAUAACUGUGGAUGAUAUCAAAAGAGUCACAGUUCCUACAGCACUAUAUGCCUCCAAUGGAGAGCCCAUUGACACGUACAAGGAAUUGGUUGAAGCACUAGACGAGCUGCUUUUCUCCUCGAAGAAUGCAUAUCGCUAUUACGAAAAAAAUGCACCAUGGCUGGGCGGCAGCUCGAGCUGA